UAUGAAUAGUAAAAGUAUUGUUUACUUUUCUACUUUUUCACUCUGCUUUUCACGCUUCUUUUGCUCCUCUUCUUUCCUCUUUGUUGUUAUCACUGAACUUCCCUCUCUCACCUAAAAAGUUCUUCUCUCGGCUUCCUGCUUUACUCUUCUCCGGCUCUACUCUUCUCUUUCUCUGCUUCCUCAGUUUCUUUUCUUUCACCAUUGAUUUUCUCAAGUCGGAUGAUCAAGAAAUUCCUUUUAUUGCUCAAUGUACUAGCUCCGAAAGUUUUAAUCGUACCCAAUACGGAUGAUUUUUCCAGGCGAUUGAUUGCCGAUGGUCUUAUUUUUGGUUUGUUUCAUUACCAAUAACUUUAACCGAUUCUUAUUUGUCGCCAUCCUUUUUAUUUUAUCGCCACCCCCUUCGAACGAAUUUACCAAAAUGCCCCUGGAAUUAAAAAAAUUACGAAAAUGCCACUAACCUUAAAACCUCUAUAAAACACUUCAAACUCACUCAAUAACACUCUCAUCACUUCCAUAAAUUCAAAUUCUUCACUUAAAACUAAUCGGAGCUAAAGCUUUGGAAUCGAAGUCGUCAACGAAAAAUCGAGUAAAUGGCUGGAAAUCAAGGUAAAGGAAAAGGGUUUUUUAGAGGGUUAUUGAGCGGCAAUAGAUCUAGGCCAACUUUACUGAGAGGGGGGUUACGGGAUCUGCUAGGCGAGCAAGGCAAGAACAGGCGGCCGUACAUAGUCAGGCCCAACGUUCAAGUACCCUAGAGCAAGUGCGUAGUCGCUUGGAGCGCCAGAGUAGCCUACAUAGUCAUACGGUCGGCUCAGGUGACGAUCAUACUGAUUACGACAAUUCUGUUAGCCGGGAAGAGUCUGUCGGUCAGGAUGAGUCUGUCGGUCAUCCUGUUGAUUGGACGCUCAUAAGAGGGCAUGCUGGUAAGUUCAGGAUUAGAGGGCAUGGGUCGGCUGGCACUUCUGAUCAGGCAGGAGUAAGCUAGGUUGAGGAUGCGGCUCCACGGGGGAGGAGGCGCAACCAGUCCGCGGACACGGACUGGUUGAUCACAUCACCCCAGCCCGGGGGCCCUGUUGAUACCACUUUAAUACCCAGCUACGGUGGGCAUGUAGCAAAGGUAAUAUUCGAGGGAUUGGAGCGCACCCCUCCGAUUUUGGAAUGUCGUCCUCGGAAGAAGACGUUGGAUUUAAUCAUCAGACUGCAGGACAUGUCUGAUGAAUUGUACAGGGUGUUACCUGCCAGUCCCCUUGGUCGUCUGCUGUAUAUAAUGCACCAGCACAUCGACAGUGCUCUUAUUACAGCAUUUGUGGAAAGGUGGCAGCCUGAUACCAACACCUUCCACAUGCCUUGGGGGGAGAUGAGUAUAAUGUUGCAUGACGUGCAACGCAUCUUAGGAAUUGGUAUUGACGGUUCACUUCCCGUGGAACCGUCUGAUCAAGACUGGCAGCUGGGCCUGGCCGGCCUUUUUGGGGAGCCAUUGUCGGAGCUGCGUGCGAAGGGGCACUUCACCAGCAGUAGCAUUAACGUGGGUGCAUUGUUGCAGCUAUGCCACCGUUCUCAGACUAUGGAUACUCAAGCUACUGCUCGUGGAUAAAACUAGAGUCGGGAUGCGUCCUCACCCUGUUCUUGCUGUCGCCGCUGAUCAGGCUGACAUUGCCCGGGGUACUUUGACGCUUGCGUACUUGUAUCGCCAACUGGGUAUGGCGACAAGGACUGGGUGCAAGACUAUUGCUGGUUGUCUGAUACUGUUGCAGAUAUGGAUUUACGAGUACUUCCCAGCCUUCCGCCCCAAUCUGCGUCAAGCUGACAUGCCGAACAAGACUAGGGCAGAGAUGUGGUCCCCUCAGAAGCCAAUCCGUGAGCUGAGCAGAUUGAGAGACUGUAGGAGCAUACUGGACGCCAUGAUAGAGACACAGGUGGAGUGGACUCCGUACAUGACUUCUGCUAGGGCUUUAUUGAACGAGCACCCACGUAUCGCCUAUAUCGGUGGUAUCACCUGUUUCGAUGUCGUGGAGGUUUAUUUGCCUGAGAGGACAGUGAGGCAGCUCGGUUUUGCACAGGAUAUUCCUCCCCCUCCGCUGAGACCUACCCAAGCUGUGCGACCGGCACAGGGCUCCUACUCAGUGACAUUCUCUUCUUCUCCUAUGUUUACUGAGAUGUGGAGUAGGUUCCCCUACUGCGCUCGCGUAGUUGAGCAGGCAUUGCGUCGGACAUCGGUUCCAUCAGAGGCUGGCCCUGAUUACGUUGACUGGUUUAGAGUGUCUUCCCACUGUUUUCUCAUCCCUGGUGAAGGACCUGCUGCUGCGUUUGGUGUAGCGGAUAACAGAGUCAAAUACUUUGCUGCUGAAUAUAGUGCUCGACUUGCGCCAUUGCUCAGGAUGCCAGCUAUUGCCCAAAUGACGCCUCGGAAAAGAGAUGUUGCUGAUAUGUAUUUAGAUGAUCUUAGAGAGUUGUUUGCGGAAUGGCAACAGUGUAGAGGGCGUAGCCCUUAAUAGACAUUUGUGGAUUUUGUAAUGAAUGAACAAUUUUUUUUAUAAUCUGUAUAGAUGAACAACUUUUUGUGU